AUAAAAAAGGCGACUCUGGAUCUAACAGGAAGUGCCUUCCAAUCUUCACUUAGCUUUCAGAGCUAAUGCUAGUAAACUGAUAGCAUCAACAUAAUGCUGAACGACAGUGAGCUGGCAACGCUGCGGAACAGAUUCAAGAGAGAUGCAGAGUUUCUUAUGCAAACAACGACAGCGAGUGACCAAGAUGAAAAGAGUCCGGAGGAAAAAGAUGCCAAACCUCUUCCUCGCAUUAACAGACAUUCCGUUUUCUGGAUCGUGGCAUCUAUGGCUGUGACCUACUACGUCAACUUCAUCCAAAACAUCAUGGAGAACGAUAAUAUCAAAAGCUGGUGGUUCUAUGUGGGUCUGGUACUCCUUGGGAUCUGCCUGUCGCUGGCCAUGUUUUGCAUCGUAUACCUGGAGUGGUUCAAAGGCAUCCAGCACUAUGACCAAGAAUACCCUGCCAUUCCUCCCCUCACCACCGCUGCAUUUAUAGCUGCAUCAUGCAGCUUUAACAUAGCACUGUGGCCAGUGUGGUCCUUCUUCACGCCACUCAUCCUCUUCACACAGUUCAUGGGUGUGGUCAUGCUCAUCUCUUUGCUUGGAUGAAUGUGAAGGCCGAGGAUCGACACAAUGCUAACCUCAAUACUGAGUUGUGGUUUUAUACUUUUUCUCCACUACUUACAGAUAUUUUCUGUUGCCAACUCCCCCAUAUCUCCUCACUUCCAUUUUACUGAAUCUCACUCUCUCUUCAAACAACCAAAUGGAAUUUAACCAUAAUUCAUUUUACUACACCAGUUUUUUUAACAGCGACAUGUCAACAUGUCUUCUGUGAUAUAUGCCUGAACUACACUGUGUGUGUGUGUGUGUGUGUGUGUGUGUGUGUGUGUGUGUGUGUGUGUGUGUGUGUGUGUGUGNGUGUGUGUGUGUGUGUGUGUGUGUGAGAGAGAGCAUUGGAGAAAAUGUGUUGGACUAUUUAUAGCUGUGAAAAGUUAUAAAAUAUUGUAUUUUUUAUCAAGCAGUUUGUGGUGAGGUAUGUUAAAUGUUGGAUGUUAAAAUGUUUAUGUCUUUAAUAAAGUUAUAUUAAGUUAAC